AUGGCAAGUGAUUUGAGUCUAUUUUUAGGGAUGAAAAAGCCUUAUCAGGCAGCCCUGAAUGGAGACUGGGACGCCAUGAAGAGCUUCUACGACAAACACCCUGAGUGUGUCGUUCGUCCUCUGACGAUCGACGGGCUCACUGCACUUCAUAUUGCAGGAUAUAAUAGCGAAGGAACGGAACUGCUUCAGCAUUUGCUUGAUCUCCUACCAUCCUCCGAGAUAUCGCUUGCCAUAUCUAAGAAGAGCGAUCACAAUAACAACGUUUUUCACGAGGUCGCCUCCACCAACAAUGUUGCAUCAGCAAAACUCUUGAUUAGUAAACUCUCUGGAAAUAAUCUGCCCGAUCUGAGAAAGAUUCUCGAUGAUCGUAAUCAAAUUGGUGAAACCCCGCUGUUUAGGGCCGCUGCCCUUGGUCAGAUACAGAUGGCCAAAUUUUUGGCUAAAUUAGUUGGGGAUACAAGUCCUCACUUCCAUAGAUAUGACAGCAUGUCCAUUCUCCAUACUGCUGUGUUAGGCCAACACUUUGAAACCGCCAUUUGGUUACUCGGAAAGGAAGAGACACUUGGAACAAGAAAGGAAAUCAAUGGCAUGACAUGUCUUCACCUACUAGCGAAAAUGCCAUCUGCUUUCAGGAGUUCAUGCAAGAUGGGAAAAGUGAAGAGACUCCUCUAUUAUUGCCUUCCUGCCAAUCUGGAUGAUGAUGAUGGUGAUGAUGUUCAAAACAUAUCAAGUCAAAUGGAAGAUUUGGAGACAGGCCGCCAGGAUAGCAGUAGCCUCCAUCAAUCGAACAAACAUUCAUCAGGAAAGGAGACUCUUCGGACGACAGUGCAUGGCAAAGGAGGAAAAGGGGAACAACCCAACUCCACUGACGGAGCCGACAAAGGAGGAGAUCAAACACCCGACACCCCAUUGCUUAUUGCAGCAAGAGAAGGAAUAGUAGAAAUAUUUGACGAGAUAGUUGACGUGCAUCCUCAGGCAAUUGAGCACAUUAGUAAGGAUGAGGUAAGCAUAGUGCAUGCGGCCAUUUGCCACCGCCAAAGAGAAAUCUUUCGCCGUCUAAAGAUGAUGAAAGGGAUAAUGGAACACAGGUUGUUUUCAAUGAUUGAUAAGCGAGGCUACACCAUAUUGCAUCAUGCGGCAGACAUGAACAACUAUAAUGGAGGAACCCGUGCUGGUCCUGCACUCCAAUUGCAGGAGGAGUUGCAAUGGUUCGAGCGUGUGCGAAAGAUAGUUCCCUCUCAUUAUGUCAUGCACCGCAACAAUUCUGGCAAGACUACAGACGAGCUCUUCAAAGAGCAACAUGCCGAGCUUCUCGAGAAGGCAGAAAGGUGGAUAAAGGAGACCUCUCAAUCAUGCUCUGUGGUUGCCGUCCUUGUUGCCACUAUUGUUUUCACGGCUGCGUACACCGUCCCAGGAGGUAACGAUCAGAGGGGCCAUCCAGUUUUCCUUCAUUCUCCCUUCUUCUUGUUCUUCACCAUCAUGGACGUUGUCUCCCUUGCGAGCUCCUUGACUUACGUCGUCAUGUUCCUCUCGCUCCUCACGUCUCCGUUUAAGCAAGAAAAUUUCCUCAAAUCUCUCCCCCGGAAGCUCAUGAUUGGCUUCACCUUACUCUUCCUCUCCAUGACAACCACCAUGCUUUCUUUCACGGCAACUAUUUUUCUCAUCAAUCAUUUUGAGAAGAAAACUCUGACUGUGACUCUAAUUAACAUUGCUAUAAUGCUUCCCGUCUCCAUGUUUGCGAUUAUGCAGUUCCCCUUGUAUGUUGCACUCUCCAGUAAUAUGCAUUCCCUUUUCAAGAAGAUUAUGAAGAAGGCUCUUCGUGGGAUUUCCAUUCCUCGUCUUUUCAAGACUGGUAACUGCAAGACAUGUUGA